AUGCUUAACAAAUACAUCUCUUUAAUCUCGAAAAGAGUUGUCGAUGGAUAUAAGCCGAUUAGAAUACCCAGUAAAAAUGAUAACAUCAUAAUCGCAAUGUCGUCUGGGGUUGAUUCAUCCGUGGCUGCGCUACUUUACGCUCGACAAUAUCCCAAUGUUCGGGGUAUUUACAUGCAAAAUUGGUCAAAUUCACAGUCAUUAGAUGAUCCAGCGAAGGAGCCAUGUUAUGAAAAAGAUUGGAGGGACGUUCGUAAAGUUGCCAAAUAUUUGAACAUACCGGUCGAGAAAGUGAAUUUUGAGAAAGAUUACUGGCUUGAUGUUUUCGAACCUAUGCUAAAGAACUACGAAUUAGGGUUGACACCAAAUCCCGAUGUUGGUUGUAAUAGGUUUGUCAAAUUUGGGAGAUUGAAGAUAUAUUUGGAUGAAAAAUAUGGAAUUGAUAAUUACUACUUGAUAACCGGUCAUUAUUCAAGAAUUUUGGAAGUAGAGGAGAAAGAAAAUGAAUUCCAUUUACUGAGGGGUUAUUACAAAUCAAAAGAUCAAAGCUACUACCUAUCACAAAUAAACACCCAAAUUUUGUGUCAGACGCUACUGCCCGUUGGACAUCUAACGAAACCAGAAGUAAGAGAAUUAGCAUCAUAUUAUGAACUGCCGACCGCAACAAAACCUGACUCCCAAGGGAUAUGUUUUGUGAAUAAUUCGCAACAUGGUAAGUUUAAGAAUUUCCUUAAACAUUACCUGCCGCAAGCAAAAGGUGAUAUUAUUACGCUACAUCCUUCUACUGGGGAAAAAAUUAAAUGGGGGGAGCAUGAUGGAUUGUGGUCUUACACGCUGGGACAAAAGGUUGGAAUUUCCAUGCCACAAGCGGAUGAAAGAUAUAAUGGAACAUGGUUUGUUAGUAGAAAGAUUGAUGAAACUAACGAAAUUGUAAUCGUCCGUGGCAGAGAUAACGCAGCUCUAUACACAGACACUAUUAAUGUCCAGGACUUCAUACAUAUGGGACAUAACACAAACUCGCUUCGAACGGAAAUUGACGAUGGAAUCAGAGACGGUACGCUUACUAUUCAGGCCAGAUCUCUUCAAGAACCCAUUCAAGUAAAAUCAUGUGAAUUUGAGUCAAAUGAAUCACCCAAUAUCCACACCCUUAAGUUGAUAAAACCUCAAAGGGCUAUAGCGCCAGGCCAAUAUUGUUGUCUGUAUAUAAACGAAAGAGUUCUAGGUAGUGGAACAAUCACCAAAUAA